AAAAAAAAUAGAGAGCUGUCUGCUGUCAUUGAUAUGAUUUAUACGGCUGUUAGUCAACUGCCGAAUUAAAAUUAUAAACAAAAGCAGAUAAUUUUCUUUUCUAAGAUUCAAUAAAUUCACAAUAUCCAAAUGCCGGCAGCUAGUUUUGGAUCCAUUUUAGCGAGUACCAUCAAAGAAGAUUGUUCCAUAAAAAAUGUUUGGAAUCACAAUCUACAUGAAGAGUUUCAUGUUAUUAGACAGAUCGUACAGAAGUUUCACUGGGUGGCCAUGGAUACUGAAUUUCCUGGGGUUGUAGCAAGACCAAUCGGGGAAUUCAGAUCUACUGCUGACUACCAGUAUCAGCUAUUGAGGUGUAAUGUGGAUCUUUUAAGAAUUAUACAGCUUGGUCUCACAUUUAUGGAUGAAAAUGGUAAAACUCCACCGGGCUGCACUACUUGGCAAUUUAAUUUUAAGUUCAACUUACAGGAAGACAUGUAUGCCCAAGACUCAAUUGAUUUGCUUCAAAAUUCUGGACUCCAAUUUAGAGAACAUGAAGAACAUGGGAUUGAACCAUUAGAAUUUGCAGAACUCCUGAUGUCUUCCGGAAUAGUGCUGAUGGACAAUAUCAAUUGGUUGAGUUUUCAUUCUGGUUAUGAUUUUGGAUAUUUACUAAAAAUCCUCACUGAUCAGAAUUUGCCACAAGAAGAAAAUGACUUCUUUGAAAGUCUGAGAUUGUAUUUUCCUACUGUUUAUGAUGUAAAAUACUUGAUGAAGUUGUGUAAGAACCUAAAAGGUGGUCUACAAGAAGUAGCAGAUCAGUUGGAAUUGCGCCGAGUGGGACCACAGCACCAAGCUGGAUCUGAUUCACAUCUCACAGGAAUGGCUUUCUUCAAAAUCAAAGAAAUAUUCUUUGAUGGCAAUAUUGAAAGUACUAGUGGUCAUUUGUAUGGCUUGGGGGCACCAUUUGCCAGUAAUGUGAACAGUUUCCAAGAUAAUAUGGAGAAUGGCAAUUCACCUUGAUGAGAAAAAGCUCUGUGUUGUGAACCACACACAGCUAUUUUUCUGUCUCGUAUUAUGAAGAUAUUCAAACAAAGUGUUAUAUGUUUGUACCUGAUAAUGUGCAAAAGAAAUUAUUGAGCAAAGCCUGUGAUGUUUGUCUAAAGCAUGAACUACACUGUUAAGGCUUAUUAGGGCAUGCAAUUUUUGUCAAUAUUUUGAAAUUGGUUUAGCUGCCACAUUUUUUCAAAUAAUAAAAUAGUAUAUUUGAUUGCA